AUGGAUCAAUUCAAGAAAUCAACCCUCAAAACAAGUCGUGGCCUCACGUACACUUACUAUCAUUACCCUGGCAAAGACGUCACCAAGCCUACCAUUGUUCUUCAUCAUGGAUGGCCCGAUGAUGCGCAUUUGUACGAAGGCGUCGUUGGCCACAUCAUUCCAACUGGACAUGGAAUGAUCAUUCCGGAUCUCCUCGGGUAUGGGGAUACAGAUAAACCCACGGACAAGCAACUCUACAACUCCAAAGAUAUGGCUCAAGAUAUUAUUGAGAUUCUCGAUCAUGAAAAAGUCGUUUCAUUCAUCUCCCUCGGUCACGACCUAGGUUCCUACAUGGCGCAGCGCAUGUAUUAUUGGCACCCAUCUCGCGUUGUAGCAUUGAUUCUGCUCAGCGUCGUGUUUAUGCCUCCUCAUGAUGAGCCUUUCAAUUUGGAUGCCGUGAAUGCCAUGCUGGAAUCCGCAACGGGCUUCCCCCGUUAUUCUUACUGGGAAUUUUUCACUAGUCCGGACGCAAACGAUGUUGUGCAAGCGCAUCUGGACAGUUUUUGGUGCUCGUUGCAUGCAAAGGACCCAGACCAUGCCCGCAGGACAUUUUGCAUGAAAGGCGCCACGAGGAAGUUCUUGGAAGAGGACACCAUUGUUGAGCUCAAACCUUUUGCGCAAGACGAGGCGAAGAAGAAAGCAUUCCUCGCCAGGAUCCAGCGGGAUGGACUAGUGGGAGCUUUCAAUUGGUACCAUGCGAUGGUGGAUAAUAUCCAAUCCGAAGUGGAGAAAGAGAUUGACAGGAGCCUGAACGUGCUGAAGAUUCCGCAUUUGUUUAUCGGUUGUGAUGAGGAUGCGAUCUGCCUGACGGCGUAUUUUGAUCAAGGCCAGAAAGCUGGACUGUAUAAAGAUGCCACUAAGAAGGAGAUCAACAGUGGGCAUUGGUGCACUCUUGAGAAGCCAGACGAAGUGGGAUUGAUUAUCAAGGAAUGGUUGGAAGAGAGGCAGAUCAAAGCAUAG